AUGGAAAAAAAUCUAUCAGAAAUGGAAGUAGCAAAACUUCUGAACAAGUUACUUGUUAGAACAAUAUUAAAAAUUAGGAAAGUUGAAUCAAAUAAAUCAACAAAAGAAAAGUCUCAUAUCAUAACUCUAGAAAAGACUUCGAUAAUAGGAAAAGAAUUAGAAAAAGUGGUUUUAUUUUCACGUUCUGAAAUUCAACAAAAUAUUAACCAAUUAGAAAAUCUAAACUCAUAUAAAAACUAUUUUGAUAUAUUACCCAAAACUAUUUGCAAUUUCUUUCAAGCUUUUAUUACAGUACUACAACAACUAAAACAAAAUGUUGUUAAUAAGAAAAGACUUCAACACAACCCUAUUCAUCCAUCGAUUGUUCAACAGAAUACUUCAUCUUCAUCGCAACAGACAUCAUUAUCCUUUGAUAUUAGCCAUCCAAAAAAGUUACAUCACACUACUACAAAUACGAAAAAAGCUAUACUUGACCAAUUAUUUGAAUUUGAAGAAAAACUACCUGAAACUGCAAUAUCAAAAGUAUUGUCAGAGCUUCAAACUAUUUUUUUAGACUGGAUAGCUGAAAGAAUUAAACAGUAUUUAAGAAAUAACUGCCACAAGGUUCAAAAAUAA